ACAUCUGCAUCAGAGUCUGUCCUCUAAGGUGUUUCAGGAAGUCAGGGCAACUUUGUUGAAAAACUUGUUUCCAAAGGAAGUGAUGCAAAAGGAAACGGCUCGGUUUCCCGCUGCUAUGUCCCACGCAGAUAAGCCUUUCUAAAUUUAAAGCCACAGAGGGGAGGAAGGCUGACGGCGGCAGCAGUUCAGGGCCCAGCAGAAGAUCGGAGUGGAAUGAAGCUGCAGCUCACGCUCCAGAAACAUGGCUCACAACGACACAAAUGUCUUCUGGGAAAUCCUUCAGUCCUUCAACCUCGGUGAGUGAUUGUGCUCCUGCAGGAGGAGCAGAACCAGGACCCGACAAAGCCGACAGAUGUUUCCCUGUGCAUGACCUUCACUCCUCAUCGUGGUUCACGACAGAAACCUUUACAGCCGAGCGGGUUCAGGUCCAGCGGCAUGGUUCUGGUCCGAGGAGGGGAUCAGAACUCAAAGGUUCUGGUUCUCAGUCUCUGAGUCUGAAUCCAGGUCAAAGUGAAGAUGCUGAAGAUGUGUCUGAAGGUUCUGCGGCACAUCCAGUCAUGUUGGUGCAAUGUUUGGUGACCUGCUUCUUGCCUUCUCUCUGUCCGUGCUGGUGGGGCUGCUGCUGGGGGCUCUGGUCUACGUGCUGCUGACCUGGGCGUCCCGGCGCCGGGCUUCGGCCCGGAUCACCAGCCGCUCACAGAAGUCCCCCCAGGCGUGUGCCCCUCCCAGCAGCCAGCUGGGGCUCUACAGGAGCACCUUCCUCAGCGUCUACCGGCAACCGUCGCUGGAGCCCGUGGGCCAACUGGGGAGCAAACCCCACCCAGAGGCGUCCACCUUCCGCCCCCCGGCCAGUAAGAAAAAGCCCCCCCUGGAUCUGGAGGAGGACGGUCGGUUAAACCCGUCUGAGGAGAUGUUGAACUCGGAUUCUGAAUCUUUGGUGCCAAACAAGAGACACUCGUUCUGGCUGGGGGGCAAUGGCCUGAAAGGGUUCCUACCUUUGAAUGCCCCCCCAGCCUACGACUCCGCCCUCCAGCCCUUUGCGGAGACCUCCACCUGAAGCUCCUUGUGUGAGCCGGGUCAGAGCCGGGUCAGAGCCCGGUCAGAACGCAUCAUCAUCUCUGACUGGAGGGUCCUUUAGGUUCUGAAGCUUCUCCACUGAGGAUGCUGCUGGAGGACGGAGGUCGACGUUCAGGCGGGACGCUUUCAUGAUCCAACGAUGAACCCGUCUCCAGAGCGUCCAGACCC